AUGUGCAUUGACUACCGGGCCCUAAACAAAGUAACAAUAAAAAACAAGUAUCCCAUACCAUUAGUGGAUGAUCUGUUUGAUAAAUUGGGCAAAGCUCAGUGGUUCUCUAAACUGGAUUUACGAGUAUCUUUACAAGAUUACAUUCAACAUCUUAAACUUGUGUUCCAAAUUCUACGUGAAAAUGAGCAGUAUGUAAAGCCAGAAAAAUGCUCAUUUGUCCAACCAGAAGUUAUGUUUCUGGGACACAAGAUUGCUAGUGGCCAACUCAGCAUGGACUCAGCCAAGGAGAAGGCAAUUAUGGAGUGGGAACCACCUAUGAUUGUGUUGCGAUUGCGGUCAUUCCUUAGGUUGGUGAACUACUAUAGAAGAUUCAUCCAAGGGUAUUCCAAGAGGACAACCCUCUUGACUGAUUUGCUGAAGAAAAACAUCACAAGGGAGUGGGAUGAGUGA